UUAGCUUGCUCCAUUGUUUUCCCCUCCCUGCUAAAUGAUCUUAACAAUUUCCCAAACUUUCUCUACCCCGUUUGAUCUCUGAGAAAACCAAGGAAAACAACAGGGAAACUUCCUUCUUAAAAAUUUACACAACCCUCAAUUACUUCCCUACCUCUCUGUUUAUGGGAUCCCAAAGCUAGCUUAAAAGAUAGGUUCUUUUAGUUUAGGAGUUUGAUGUUGAUGGUUGUUGCAACUUGCAAGAGCGUUCGGGGAUUUUCUUUCAAGCUCUUACAAAGCAUGGCCCGGGAACGAAAUUUCUUUCGGCGUGGCGUCGUUUUCUUGCUUCUUGUCGGGCGCGGCUUUGAAUGACUAGAAAACUGGCCGAGUCAACCAAAAUAAGGUGUUUGUUUGGUAGGCGAUAAAGUUGUUGAAGACAAGAGAAAUAUUCUUGUUGCGAGUCUGGGAUCUGGGUUAACAUCAAACUUUUAACUAAUUGGUUAAACCAUAGUGAAGAAAAAAUUAGGAAUCCUUAAGCAGAAACUUUCUCCGGGAAGUCCUAAGAAGACAGGCUCCGCAGAGUUUAUACUAAGUCCCAAAUUUCGAUUGAUAAGGAUUUAGUAGACUCCAGUGACACCUCUGGUGCAGAGGGUAAAUCAAAUGCUGGUCCUUUAAGGUGUGAUGCAAGGGAUACAGAUGUGGACUGCACUGGCAAAAGUAGGGAAGAACCUAAAAUUAUUGCCGAUACUAACAUGAGCAUGAAUAAGGAUAAAAUAGCAAGUUCGAUCGGAAGAGAACACGAGGGUUUCGAUUCUGAUUUUGGAUAUACUAGUGGAUCACAAAGAGAAGGACAGAUAUCAGAGUGGCAGGUUGGGAAGCAAGAAGAGAUGGAUGGUUUUCCGAGAAUCCCAAGAACUGAUGCUGAGGAUGUGCGAUUUUCAAUUUCAAACCAUUCAGAUGAGGGCACAUCGGACCAUCUUUUGGAUUCUUUGUUUAGGUAUGCUGAAUCAUUGAAGGCUCAAAUGGACCGGGAUGGUUCUGGUAGAAUUCUCCAUGAUGAGGAUCGUGCUAGGCUUUUGAGGAAGCUAGAUGAGCUAAAGGAGCAACUCAGUCGGGCUUGUGUUGUGGUUGAUAAACCAAAAGAGAAGGUUCCAGUUGAUGGGAGGGUUGCUCCUCCAGAGUCAUACGAGGGUGCUGAUUCCUGGUUUCCAAAUGGUUCUUCUGGAUCACAAAAGCCUCCAAUACCUUUCUAUGGACUUGAUAAACAUGCUGAUAGGGCAGAACCCUCUUACUUCAGUCAUUUUCCGAAACAGUUCGCUUACCCCGUUGGAAAUGAAAUGACUCGGCAUGGAUUGUAUCCUCCGACGCAUAAUCCAAACUAUGUUCCUGCAUACGGAAAUGCGUUUGGACCCCAACUGCUUGGAAGAACUUCUCAUCAGUUGGCUGGGGCAUCCGAGCAACAGCCACCUCAUCCAUACUUUCCUAGAGAGAACAUUGACAGUAAUCGUGACGCAUUCAUGCAAUAUCUGCAAAGUUCGGUGUUGCACCAUGCAAUAUCUGCAAAGUUCGGAGCAAUUCGUCCGGGACACUAUUGGUAUGAUUUUCGAGCUGGAUUCUGGGGUGUUCUGGGCGGACCUUGUCUUGGCAUAAUUCAUCCAUGUAUCGAAGAAUUUAACUAUCCGAUGCCGGGAAAUUGUGCUGGCGGGACGACUGGCGUUUUUGUAAAUGGGAGAGAGCUCCAUCAGAAAGAUUUGGAUCUGCUUGCCAGUAGAGGGCUUCCAAUUGAUAGAGAUAGAUUUUACAUAAUUGAGAUAUCAGGCAAAGUGUUGGAUGAGGAUACUGGUGCAGAACUACAUAGCCUCGGCAAACUUGCCCCAACUGUUGAGAAAGCGAAGCGUGGUUUCGGCAUGAAAGUUCCUAGAGCAGCGCAUAGAAGUUUUGAGUCGGUCUAAAAUCAAAUGCAGAAAUAUGCGUGGUUGCAGAACUGGUGGACGUUGGAUGGCCCUUGACGAAUAACGAUGAGGUUUCUGAUUUAUUAUUUGAUAAUUAUUCUAAAAUAUCAGUCCGUAAGAUGCAUUUGUAUUUAUUAUGUAAAUUUAAAAUCAGGAAAAACAGAAGCACAUGGUUCCAGAAACAAGUGGUGGACAUUAAAUUUGCUGUGUCAAAUUGUUUCUUUGCCCGCCUU